UCGCUCAGUAUAUCACCACCUAUCUACUAUCUCGACGGAAUGUCAUAAAUACUGGUUGCUAGAUAUGCACGUGUUGGUUGCCGCUGCCUGAAAUUGGAAGAAUCCGGAAGAACGUCAAAGACACAUCAAGCAACAACACAAUCGCUUUCUUCAGCCAAGCCUGAUACAUACAAUGUUCAACUUCUGGUUACGGAAACAGAAAAUUAGAAUUGAUCUGGAAACAACGUAAUGUCGUCGUUCUUCAGAUCUGCCGCCGACAUCAGUUCAUCACGCGAAGACAGCAGCACUUCAGAUGGUUCAAGCGACGAAUCCGACAGCAGUGAUCGACAGAUUACUAGGAUCCGCACGCUAGGCUCUAGCACGACAGGUGCAGAGGAGCAAUCAGAGCCUGGCGCGUCACAAGCACUUGCGGAAGGAUCUCGUAGCUCCAGUUACCACCGCGACCUGUUGUUACAUGCUUUACUCGAGGAACGCUGCUACAAUGAGGCACUGGAUGACUUGAAAGCUGCCGGUGUUCAAGUGGAAUCAAAGAACGAUCAUCGUGUACAGACGCUAGCCAAGGAGAAGUACACCAGGCUCUCACGACAAUUGGGUCGAUAUGGCCUCGAGACUGGUGAUCUGGACUCUGAUCAAUUCGGAGCUCUUCGUCAGACUUAUCGGGAUGGUUUAUCUGUAAUCACACGAAAGUCUGUUGAUCUCCAGACACCAAUUGAGGAAAUCUUGGCGCAGUCACAAGGCAGCAAUGUGCCAGUGCCACUACUUCGGCUGAUGGGAGGAGAGCCAUCAGCGACUAUUGACAUGAGUCGACGCUUUAGUGACUUGGCCAUCGCUGGCUCGGACCUGCAUGCGCAGCCGAAGCUUCUUGGAAACGGCAUACUACCUGGUCAUCCACUACUCAACUCAACCCGAUACACGCGAGAUUUCGAAGAGUUCGGAAUACUUGGGAAGGGCGGCUAUGGUACUGUGUUCCGAUGUAAACACAACCUUGAUGGUCGACACUACGCCAUCAAGAAGAUACCUCUCGGACCCACUCGCAUGCGCAAAAUCCAAGAGAAUGGCCAAGCAGAACUCGAUCACAUCUUGGUAGAAGUCCGGACACUAGCCCGCCUGGAGCAUCCGAAUAUUGUUCGAUAUCACAGCGGUUGGAUUGAGUGGGCGCCUCUACUCUCGGCUAAACAAGCUAUCGAGCACAAUGGUCGAAAAUUGCUCGAAGCACCUAGGGAUUCACAAGACAACGACGACGCUUCAGCACAAUUUGACAGACCCGAUAUACCGGCUAUCGAUGUUCAAUUCGGCUAUGACGACGACGACGAUGACCCCUUUGAGAUGUCGACCGGCCAAAGUGCGACUCAGCGCUUUGCAACCCAGGAGGAAGAAGACAUAUUAUUUGAGGAGUCUAGCAGAAGGUCAGGACCUGCGACUUCUGAUACGCAGUCACUACAACCAGGUUCAUACUCCGAAGGCGCACCUCUGCAAAAGAUACCGAGUCGAGGUACAGUCGCAUCCGUUAGCGACGAAAGCGAAGUUGAAGUCAUCACACGCAGAGAAGACCCAUCAAGCAGCUAUGACACCUCAUCCUUCAGCACCAACGCUAACCACCAUCAUGGCAAUGCAUCCGAACCGUCACUCGCCCUUCACAUCCAAAUGUCACUAUACAGUAUGACACUGUCCGACUUCAUGUCGCCCACCACCUACCCCAUCGCAAGCAACGACAUUGCAUCUCUCCGCCACUGUUUCCACGCCCACUCCUCCCUCGAAAUCCUCUCUUCAAUAAUUGAAGGCGUCGAAUACCUCCACUCAGAAGGAAUAGUCCACCGCGAUCUAAAACCCGGAAACAUCUUUCUCGCCGUCCGUGAAGGUUCAAAGCCACCUCCUGGAGCCUUCUCAUUGUCCACCUGCACGUCCUGCCACGCUACAGACAGUACUCGCCCAUUCAACGUAAGCAUUUGCAUCGGCGAUUUUGGUCUCGUUUCCGCAAUCGCACGCCCCGAAGACGAAGUACCAUCCACAGCAGCAAAAGCAGUCGGCACGGAAAUUUACCGCCCCUACACCGUAACUCGCGACAAUCACCCCAGCUUAGACGUCUAUGCUCUCGGCAUCAUCGCAUUCGAACUCCUCCACCCCUUUGGCACUAGAAUGGAAAGACAUGAAAUGUUGCACAAACUCAAGAAAGGGGAGAUUUCUGAUGAGCUUGAUAAAGAGGUUGGAUGCGAGGGGAUGGGAGAGUGGAUUAGAGGGAUGGUGGGGGCUAGUGAGAGUUGCUGUCCUGGGUGGGAGAAAUUGAGGGGGGAGUUGAGGGAUCUGCUGGAGAAGUGUAAGGGCUUGGAGGGGAAGGGUAAGGAGAAGGGUUGAUAAACCCUUUCGGACAAAGCUUUUGCGGCGAUGGAGAUUCAUGGAAAGCUAUGAGUGUUUUUCACAUAGUUGAUACAUGAAGGAACGUACACAAUAAAGGCAUAUGACCAUCAAGAAAUCACAAAUCGGUCAAAGAUGAUACAUGCUUGCAUCAAUGAAUCUUCAUGAGGUUGACAUGUGGGCUACAAAAAGAGUAAAGAAAGAUGAUAUAUUCAAGAAGACAUUAUAUACGUGAUAAUCACCAGCAC